GGGGGGGGGCGGCGCGGAGGGAGGGCAGCCCGGCUGCGGGAAGCGAGGCUCCGCGCUGGGACUGGUUCCUUCGCAGCCAUUUUCCGUCCAACCAAACAGCCGAUUUGCGGAGGGAGCCAACCAGGGCCGCACUGGAGCUUCUCUCUUCUACUGCCAAAAAAGAGAAAGUGUGGAAACUCCAUUUCUCCUGCGUCUGUAUCACUGACCCUCUCCUUCUUGAUGUGAAAAUGCAUGAGAUGGAUGGUGACAGCUCCACAACAGAUGCUUCUCAGUUAGGAAUUGCUGGAGAUUACAUUGGUGGCAGUCACUAUGUCAUACAGCCUCACGAUGACACAGAAGACAGCAUGAAUGAUCAUGAAGAUACUAACGGCUCAAAGGAGAGUUUCAGAGAACAAGAUAUAUAUCUUCCAAUUGCAAAUGUGGCAAGGAUAAUGAAAAAUGCCAUACCCCAAACAGGAAAGAUCGCUAAGGAUGCAAAAGAAUGUGUACAAGAGUGUGUAAGUGAAUUCAUCAGCUUUAUAACAUCAGAAGCAAGUGAGAGGUGUCACCAAGAAAAAAGAAAGACCAUCAAUGGAGAGGAUAUUCUCUUUGCCAUGUCUACCUUGGGGUUUGAUAGCUAUGUUGAACCUUUGAAGUUAUACCUCCAAAAAUUCAGAGAGGCAAUGAAAGGAGAAAAGGGAAUUGGGGGAACAGUUACAACUGCAGAUGGUCUAAGUGAGGAGCUCACAGAAGAAGCAUUUACUAACCAGUUGCCAGCAGGCUUAAUAACCACAGAUGGCCAACAGCAGAAUGUUAUGGUCUACACAACAUCAUAUCAACAGAUCUCUGGUGUUCAACAAAUUCAGUUCUCAUGAUUUUGAAGAAAACUUUCCAUCUGGGAACACGACACAGAAAACCAGUACAACUCUAACGAAGAGGCAGUUUUAAUGACUGGUGAAGAGAUUUAUCUCUUUGUAUAUUAAAUAGCUGUAAUGUAGCUACCAGAAGCUUGACUAAUUGAGGUGUGAGUUCUGACUCAAAUCUUUUUCAUGAUGAUUUUAAAGAAAUAAUUGGAUUUUAAAGGUAUUAAAGUAUUUUUGUUUUGUACAAGAGUUUGUUGCUCUGUAUAACUCCUGUAUGCAUUGUAUAUUGCAAUUUAUUACUGUCAGAGAUUUGUAGACAGUUUCUUAUUUUCAUAUUGAAUCAUGUUACUUUUGUAAUUCAGGUAAACAGCUGGGUUAAUUCAUGUUUACCCUUUGAAUAAAAUUGUAAGGGUAAAGUUCAUUUUUGAAUGCAAGUUGCCUUUAUUAUAAAGAUUGAGUUAGUCUUGAUUUUGUAACUUGUCUUGCAUGACAACUUCAACUAACUUGACAUGUCAGCUUAUUUAUUGAGAUUUUGAAAGGGACUUUUUCCUCAUGAAACUAGCAGCUCAAAAGAAUUGCUACAAUUGUUUUUUCUAAUGUAACUUCUGAAUUUAAGGUUAAUCAAAACCAAUGAAUGCUCUACUACAUUUGGAGGUUUAGAGCUUAUCAACAGUGUUAAUGAAAGCACUGACUGUGAGAUGCAGGUUUUCUUUUUUUAAAUUUUUUUCAGUUGCAUUAACUCUCUCCUUAGACUUACUUUGAUACUUUUAAGGUAGUCUUUCUGCUAUUGAAAUAACUCCUCCUUUUUAUGUAUGGCUUUUAGAAUCCCAAGCUUAGAAACCCAAGGGUAGGGGAAUUUUAUAGUCCUUGUGGUAAAAGAUCUCAUUUUAACUUUUUACUGAAAUGUUUUAACGUUUCUUGUGAGCCUGUGGGAACUCAAAAGUGGUAGUGACUUUGUGUCUGGGCUGCGUGUUGUGUGGGUGUGUAUGUGCAUGAGUGGCUGACAGCUGAACAAGUGAUACAAAUCUGAAAUGGAAGACAGACUUCAGGUUUGCUGUCUCUUCCCUGGUUUUGCAAUAAAUUCUACCUAGGUAAUGUAGUUCUGUAUAUUUAGUGAGCUGUUCUUGGUAACAUUGCUGUUUCUUUAAUAAUUGGGUGGGUAAUUUUGGUGCCAAGUCUUAGCCUAUUAGGAUGGGGUGGGGGUUUUAGUAAUAUCUUACUCAGACUGGAUUUUGGGACCUUCCGUAUUUUUACUAUUUUCAGUGGACUGAAAUGUAAUAUAUUAAUUAUCUUUCCACAUAGCUGUUAUUAAUUUAAGCAAACCACACUUUGAAACUUGAUUGAAAUAUGAUUUCUUGCUUGUUUUGUCUUUCCUUAAAAAAAAAAAAAGAAUGAAAAGUAACAGUUCAAUAUUGGGAAAUCAGCAUAACCUAAGAUAUCCCAGCUCUUUAGCUAAACAAAAACUUCAUAUGCAGAUUUGAGCAGUGUUUCCUACCAGUCAGCAUCCUGCUGGCAGAGCCUCUGGAGGCGAUCCAGUGUGUUCUGGGCAGUCUGCAUGGAUGUUCUGGGCUUUGUGGCAGCCUGUCGUUUAGCAGCUAUGAAUAAAUGGAGUUUCUCAUUAAAUGUAAAACUGAAUAACACAAUCCCUACAAGAGCCCCUUCUGUUUGUAUUCCAUUUAUUUCAGGCCAGCGUAGCCUGUUCUUGCUGUUCCCAGAUUUGCAAUGGAAAAAAGCUGUGAUACCAACUAAGGAGAAGCUAGGAAAGAUUUGGCAUUUUGAUGUAUAGAAAGCAGGUUCAGGUGAUCCCACACACUUGCUUGAAACAGGCAAAAGUUUUCAGGCUCCCCUCUCUGCUGUGAGUUUAGGUUAAAAGUGUGUUAAGUUUGUGGUUUAUACUCCAUCAUGUGAGCAAUGAAGCUGAUAUUUAGUUUUUCCUUUUUCUUUCUUCUCCCCUCACCCUCUGAGGGCCAGGGACAAAACUGCAUAACUUCUCAUUCUCUUCCUGAAACUACAGCAGUAAAAGUAAUAGUACAACACUUUGUUCCAUGUCUCUCUGAAACCUUUCUCCUAAUAAAAGUUUGCAGGGUACUGUAGCCAUGGUACACCAAAUAAAAAAAAAUGUGGUCUGAAGAAA